AUGAAGACCUACCUGGUGCCCGGGCUGGCCCUCUGCCUCCUGCUGGGACCUCUGGCAGGGGCCAAGCCGGUGCAGGAGGAAGGAGACCCCUACGCGGAGCUGCCGGCCAUGCCCUACUGGCCCUUCUCCACGUCCGACUUCUGGAACUAUGUGCAACACUUCCAGGCCCUGGGGGCCUACCCCCAGCUGGAGGACAUGGCCCGCACCUUCUUCGCCCACUUCCCGCUGGGGACCACCCUGGGCUUCCACGUCCCCUACAGGGAGGAGUGA